UUCUUUUUUUUUUUUCUUUUUUUUUAUGGGCCACCCACUUCUCUCACCUGAAGUUGCCCCUUCUCUCACUCGGGCAUCAAGAAGCCCUUUUCUGAAGUUGCCCUCCGGACGAGAGAAUCCUAAAAAAGGACCCAUUUUCCUCUGCCACUCUCCAUCCUCGCAGACUAAAGAAGCAUGGUCACUACACUCACCACCAUCAUGAAGGAGAGACCACCAUCAUCAUAAAGGUUGAACAAAGCGGAUAGAAGAAGAACCUCAAAUGGAAGGAGACAUGAGGACGAGGGAGCCACUUCCUGAUCCCAAAGAAGAAGAAGAAGAAGAACAGCAACCUGCUCAGCCCCCUCUCUUGCCGUCAUCUCUCAUCAUAUAUCUGUAUGUUGGCCAUUUUUUGGCUAGAUGGGGUGCCAGAAUGUGGGAGUUUUCUGUUGGUUUGUACAUGAUCAAUAUAUGGCCCAACUCUUUGCUACUUGCUGCUGUUUAUGGUGUGGUGGAGUCUGCUUCUACUGCUUUCCUUGGUCCUAGCAUUGGACAGUGGUUGGAUAGAUUAACAUAUGUAAAGGUUCUCCAACUUUGGUUGUGGACACAAAAUCUCUCUUUUGUGGUUGCUGGGGCUGCAGUGGUAGGAUUACUGUUCUUCUCAAGCUUGAAGCAUACCAAUUUGGCAGCUUUCAUCACUAUUGUCGCAUUAACCAAUAUCUCUGGAGCUGUCGGUGUGCUCUCCACUCUUGCCGGUUCCAUCUUGAUCGAAAGAGAGUGGGUAGUGGUGAUGUCAGAAGGGCACCCUCCUGAUGUACUGACAAGGAUGAACUCAGUAUUAAGACGGAUUGAUUUAACCUGCAAGUUAUUUGCUCCUGUAGUUACUGGCUUCAUUAUCAGCUUUGUAUCAUUGAAAGCAUCUGCUAUGACUUUGGCAAUCUGGAACACUGUAUCUGUCUGGUUGCAGUAUUGGCUUCUAAUGUCUGUAUAUAAUGGAAUUCCAGCAUUAAGAGAAAGCAACCAGAAAAGGACCUCUAAAAUUGCAGAGAGAUCAGCAGGGGAGAGUACAUCUGCUUGUCAAGGGGUAAAUAGCUCACCCUUGGCAGAUAACAGCUGGAAAAGAAAAAUGAUUAAAUGCGUUUGGAAGGUCCUCUGUAUUUCUGCAUGGAAUGUGUACUUACGGCAAGAUGUGGUGCUUUCAGGAGUAGCUCUAGCAUUACUGUAUUUUACUGUUCUCAGCUUUGGGACUUUGAUGACAGUUGCCCUGCAAUGGGAAGGUAUUCCUGCAUAUGUUAUCGGAAUAGCACGAGGAAUAAGCGCUGCAAUUGGAAUAGCUGCAACAUUUGUGUACCCAAUCUUACAAUCUCACAUCUCAACUCUUCGAACUGGACUUUGGUCCAUCUGGUCUCAGUGGGCCUUCCUCCUAUUAUGUGUUGCUUCAAUAUGGAUCCAUAACCAUAUCAUAUCAGCAUAUUUGCCAAUGGUUGGAGUGGCAACUUCCCGUCUGGGAUUGUGGAUGUUUGACUUGUCUGUCACCCAACAAAUGCAGGAUGGUGUUCCUGAAUCUGAUCGUUGUGUCGUGGGAGGCGUUCAAAACUCGCUCCAGUCUUAUUUAGAUUUGAUGGCUUAUGUCAUGGGAAUAAUUAUAUCGAAUCCACAGGACUUCUGGAAGUUGACAUUGUUAUCCUUUUCUGCUGUAACGGUGGCUGCUCUACUCUACACUUUACAUACAUACCGUGUCCGCAAGCAUCUCUUUCAUUUUGAGAAGCUGCUGUGAAGGAUUCAGUGGCUUCUAAGAUAAUAUUUAGGAAACAAAAAUGGCUGAAUGAGUUGUGUUCUCUGUAGCAACAUUCAUUGGGUCUUGGUCCUUUAACUGGCCAAGUGGGUGAUAUGAAACAUAUGUAUAAUAUAUCCUAACGUUAUGCCACAUCCAUAUGCAUAAUAGCAGAUGAAGUUGGCUGCCCUUUUUGCCUUUUAAUCUGUUCUUUUUUAUAUU